CUCAGAUUUUGCAAUGAGGCUCCUCUGUGAAAUACAGGAUUCUGGUUUGAUAGAAAAGUAUUCCUUGGCUUCCUUGACAUUUUUGCUGGCUACUUGUAUACAUGUCAGAGAUUCAGGUUUCAUCCAGGUGUGAGGUCACCAUGAUGCUAGCAGGACUUUGGUGAUAUCAUGUUCACAGAAGGCAAACCUGAUGUCCAAGAAGAGAUCUUUAAGGUCCCUUCCAGCCCAAACCAUUCUGGGAUUGUACAGCUAAGGAGCCCUCAGGAUCAGCAGCAGCACCCACUGCAUGUUCCAGGCGUGUUCGGGUCUGAUGAGAACAGGAGAGCAGAAGCAGUGAUCCUCCACCUUCUCCUCAGUGCAGGUAAAGAAUUCCCAUCCCGGCCGUGGCCAUGAGGAUCCUUCACAUGCUGCUGCUUUUCCUCUUCCUGAUGCUCCAAGGGGCUGCAGGACAAGUGUUUCCUAGGCUGGAUAAUUCUUGCUCGAUCCAAAACGGACGCUGCUUCCCAGGGAUCUGUCGCCGCCCCUAUUACUGGAUUGGAACGUGUAGCAAUGGAUUUUCUUGCUGCAGAAGGGGGUGGAGUAGCUGAAGAGUCUCUGGAUUAGCCUUGGAAAUCCUUCCUGCUUCUGCUGAAUGGCUCCUGGGAAUCACCCUGAUCCCAUGGCUGCUGGUGGCACCAGUUCCUGCUGCUAGGAAAAGCUGUCACAACCUUCCCUUGCAGUGAAGCAAACACCACAAAAAACAUGAACCAGGCAACACUGUGGAAAAUAUUUCUUUCCUCUCCUUUA